AUGUCGUACCAGGCCGUCCCCCAAGAACAUCAGAUAAUACAAGCGGAUGACGACGACCUCGACGCGCUCUCGUUCGCGCCCGAGGCCGGGCCUAGUCACCCUAGCCAGCCGAAACCAGCACCGGCGGUGUCAGGGCGAAUUGGGUCGGCGCCGAGUGGGAGUAGUACGACCUGGGGCGGAGUGCGCGUUGAGAGGAGGUUUACGGGGAACAGCACUCUGGACGAACCAGUCAGUGCCACUAUUAUGCGGGAUCUGCGCUCCAUCUAUACAAAACUCCUGCAAGUCCUCUACCCUCCACAGGGAGGUAGUCGGUCCGCCUUGCGCGACUGGGAUCUCUGGGGGCCGCUUGUCAUUUGUCUCAGCCUAGCAAUAACAUUGAGUCUUGACUCGCCACAGGAGCAGGCGAUGCCUGUGUUCAGUCUUGUCAUUUCACUUGUCACGAUCGGGAGUGUGGUGGUCACAGUCAACUCGAAACUGCUCGGGGGCAAGGUCUCGUUCUUCCAAUCCCUGUGUGUUCUCGGGUACGCCCUCGCACCCCUCUUGCUCGCGAGCAUCGUGGCACUGCUUUUGCACAACCUGUUUGUGAGAGUACCUGUCUCCCUGGCAUGCUGGGCAUGGAGCGUGUGGGCGUCCGUCAAUUUCUUCAACGGCACUGGUUUGCCCGAGCAGCGCACAGCGCUCGCGGUCUACCCGCUCUGCCUCUUCUUUUUCGUCCUUGCGUGGAUGAUCAUGAUUCAAUAG